CAUUAAAUGUAGCUCCCGGAUGUUGGUGCGGUAACGUGUGUUUUGAAAAGUUGAUACGCAUGGGACUCUAGGGAAGAAUUGUUACAUGAAAAUGCGACUUUUGAAACCGAGCAGGAUUUUUUAAACUCCGCUUUAUGUUGUUGUAGUCAUCGCUACACCCUCGGCUAAAUCGGUUUUUAUUUUUGUUUGGACCAGUUUGUUUUUUUUCAAUCGUUAACUGAAUUUCUUUGGCUAACAGUUAGCUCGUACAAGCUCUGUAGAGAGUUGAUAACUCUUUCUUUUCCAUUUUGUUUAUUGGCUGGUGUCGUUGGCUUGAUCAACAUAUCGUAUUUGAGGAUUUGUUUGAAUCGUAGUUGUAUUAUUUGCGAAGACCAGCAGAAGUGUCGUUAAAAUGGUGUUUUUCACGUGUAACGGCUGUGGCGAAUCCCUGAAGAAAGCUCAGGUUGAUAAACAUGUGAAUAUCUGUCGGGGUUGCCAGGUCCUUUCUUGCAUCGAUUGUGGAAAAGACUUUUGGGGUGACGACUACAAGAACCACGUUAAAUGUAUCAGUGAGGACCAGAAGUAUGGAGGAAAAGGUUUUGAGGCGAAGGCAAACAAAGGAGACGUGAAACAGCAGCAGUGGAUACAGAGAGUACACGAAGCCAUGAACAAGCCUGGGAUUAGUGCAAAACUAAAGGAUGUGCUUAGACAAGUCAGUACAUAUGACAACGUCCCACGGAAGAAGGCAAAGUUUCAGAACUGGAUGAGAAACAGCCUUAAAAUAGCCAACACCAGUCUUCAUGAUGAAGUGUGGGAAAUCCUUGCUGAAGCCGACAAACCUCCCGAAGCCCCACUGAAGAAAGCAGCAGCUCAACCAACAGUGGCUGAAGUCAAAGCAGAUACUAAUGGAAAUGAAUAUCAGAAUGGUGAUUCUGAUGUAAAAAAGAAACUCAAUAAACGAGAGCGUAAAGAGGCUCGUCAGCAGAAGAACAAGAAAGCUUCUAAAAUGUCGGCUGCACAGGAGCUGGAAGAAGAGCAGGCAGGCAAAAAGAAGAAAAAGGACAGGAAGAGAAAGCACACCUCUGAUGAUGAAGAGGAGCAGAAUGGGCAUGCAGCUGAAGUUGAGACAUAUAGCAAGAAAUCAAAGACAAGAGACUCAGCAGAAGAGGACAAUGCAGCGCAGAUAUCCGAGGAGGCUGACGAUCAACAGGUCCCCAAAGGCAAAUUUAACUGGAAGGGAAAUAUCAAGACUGUGCUGAGAGGCUCACCAGACCAAGAACUGGCACUCAAGAAACUUAAGAAAAAGGUUUUGGCAGCCUACUACUCACACACUGGUGAACAAAAUUAUAAAACAGAGUCAGAGGUACUAGCCAUUUUCAACAAGAAGAUCAGCAAAAAUCCCAAAUUUAGAGUUCUGAAAGACAAAGUGAGGCUUGUAAAGUAGUUUCACUAUUCUUUGGCAUGAAAUGUAUUUUGUUCAUAGACUUUUUAAAUAAAAAAACUCCAUCCUUC